UGACAACAACAGCUCCCCGAAGUACGAGCAUACAGCGGACAAUGCCGCACACUUCCAGCACCAGAUAAUACUCUCUCUGCCAGUUUGCUGAUGGGAGGGAUCGUGUUAUCAAGAUUUGGACUCUGGUCAUUUGAUCUGGCCGUGACGCAGCUGAUGCAGGAAACGGUUCAUGAGGCAGAAAGGGGAGUAGUUGGAGGCUUUCAAGGUGCAAUGCAGGAGCUUAUGAGCAUGAUUGGCUAUGUGCUUUGCAUCCUUUUUCCAAAACCCAAGGAUUUUGGUACCUUGAUCAUUGUGUCAUUUCUUACCGUAUCAUUGGCAGCUCUUCUGUGCUCAAUUCACUGCUACAGAGUCAGAGGGCAUCUUCUUCAUUUGGACAGGAUUUGGCGCAGUCGCUGAUUCGUACCUGAUCUUGCCCUGGCCAAGGCUUGACUGCAACCUGGGGAUAUCAUCAAGACU